CUCGAAACCGUAGCCACUGCCAAUCAAUAAAUAUAUUACUGCAAUUUUUAUUAAAAUUUCACCUAAUUUUAGAUACAUGAGUGUAGUUUGUACGAAUCCCAGGAAAAUACGAUGAUAUGGAACGUCACACGUUCUUUAAGCCUUAUUUGCUUCGUGUUUUGGUUGAUAAUCGGGGUUUUUGGGGAGCUCGGUGACCCCUAUUCAAUCUUGGGUGUCCACAGGCGAGCCUCCUCCCAAGAAAUUAAGCAGGCCUACAGGCAACUGGCCAAAGAAUGGCACCCAGAUAAAUCAAAAUCCACUGAAGCCGAGGAGCGUUUUGUAGAAAUCAAAUCUGCAUAUGAGUUACUUUCUGAUCCAGAGAGAAGAUCUCUGUAUGAUAAAAAAGGGAUUACCGAGGAUGACUUCUAUAAGAGGCCAGAGAAACAUUCAUAUUUUACUCCGAGCCCUUUUGAUGACCUGUUUGCUUCGAGUGGAGGACACUUUAAUUUUCAGGAAAAUGAUAUUACAUUUUUUCAUAAACUUUCUAUAACCACAAGGCAAUAUGACAAAGUGAUUUUACCAAAAAGUGACAAAACACCUUACCUCCUAUUUUUUUACACUGACUGGUGUUUUCCUUGUCUUCAAUCGGCCCCAACUUGCCGGAAACUAAAUGAUAAUUUAGAACCUCUUGGAAUCAACUUUGUUACUGUACAUUCGAGUAGGGAACCUAAUUUAAGUAGGAGGUUAAAUGUUCACACUUUACCUUGCCUAGUGUUCCUCAUAGAUGGCAAUGCUUACGUUUAUAAGCAUUCAGUUAUUAAUAUUCCAAAAGUUAUUGAGUUUAUUAAAAGUAAGUUCCCAUAUAAAAUGGUUACAAGGCUAAAAGAGGAUAAUUUGGAUGAGUUUCUGGAAGGUUGGACCGAUAAUAGAGUAAGAGGCUUGAUUUUGCCUCAUAAAAUACACAUGAGGCUGAGAUAUUUGGUUACGGCAUACCAGUUUCGCCAUAGGGUCGCUUUUGGUAUCGCUGACACAGAAACUAUUCAUUUGAAGUAUCAAGUACCUUUGGACAAGGACACUGUCUUACUGUUUAAUGAAAAUGUCUCUUUUCCAAUGGCAAGCAUCACUAUGAAAGAUAUUCCAAGUAAUACACUAUAUAAUAUCAUUUCUUCUAAUCAAUAUUUGGCACUUCCUAGGCUCUCAUCACAGAAAAUAUUGGAUGAGUUAUGUCCCCCCGAAUGGAACAAACCGAGAAAGAGAAUUUGUGUGGCCUUAGUUACAGAAGAAUCCGCAGCUCAUGACCCGCAUAGGCAAACAUUUAGGGAGUACGCUCUGACUUUUCCAUAUGGAACUGAAAAAGUUAGAUUUGCUUAUAUGUAUCAUAAGAGGCAAGCUUCGUUUAUUUAUGCAUUAAAACCUGACGGCAAAUAUAUCGAACCUGUAUUAAGAGUCCUGGUGUUCUGGAGAAGAGACACAUCACUGGUGAGAUACAUUUGGGCCCCGAUCAAAUGGGAACUGGAGGGUCCCCUCAAUCACACCCAUGAAAAAUUAGCUGAAACCAUUAUGAAAUUGUUGAAAAACGUCGAGAAUUUCCCUUAUGAAGCAUAUGUCACUGAUCUUUUCGAUGAACAUGCUAUAGGUUUUAUUAAGAAGCUGCUUAAUAGGGUGUGGAUGUAUUUACUGUCUGUUUAUGACAGUUUGGGAAAAGAGCAAAUUUUACCGGUCGUGUCGAUAUUUGGCACGCUCGUCUUCAUUGUCGCUAUCGGAUAUUUAAUGUCUUACUUGGUAGAAAAAGAGGAGGAAAACAUAAGGAAAAAGAAAGCGGAGGACGACAAAGGCAACAACAAUAACACAUCGAACCCAAACUACCAACCGGAAUUGAAAUUGCACGAGUUACGUUCCGAGAAGUAUAACGGACUCGUACGUUUACUAAAACCGGGCUGCAGAACCAUUUUACUUAUACUCGAUAUGCAGUCGAGGCAGCAACUGAUUCCACCGUUUCAUAAAGCUGUUUGGCCUUAUAGAAAGAAUAAAACCUUGCAUUUCUCGUUUAUGUAUAUCGAGCGGGGACUGAACUGGUACAAAGAAUUACUGCAGAUGUCCCUGUUUGAAGAGAGAGAGCUCAACAUCAACCCGAGAAAUUGCGUGGGCACGGUUCUGGCCCUGAACGGUCACAGGAAGUAUUUUUGUGUGUUUCACGCGAAACAUACGGAAAAGAAGAAGAAAUUGACCAAAUCGGUCGAAAAAACAACAGAAAAAGACUGCGAAAGCGGCGCAUUUAUCGGUUUUAACUCGGACACUGAAUCGGAACCAGAGGAGGUUCUGCUUCAAGGCACCCUGCUCGAUGGACUCUCCAACUGGCUGGAUCGUCUCUUCGAGGGCACCACCCAGCGGUACCACAUCAAUUAUUGGCCCGAAUUUCCCAUUAAAUAAGCUAUACUACGUUUUCCUACUUGAUCGGUUUUAUUUUAUUUAAUUUCUUAAGCUAGCAGUCGUACCGUUAGAACUCUAGCUUAUAAGUUCCUCUCUCUCUUUACAUAGGAGACGGUUCUAUUUAAUUAGCGUACAAUUUCAUACUUGUUAUUUAUUAUAAGUCGUUCGCACGGUUCUAGACAAUUUAGGAUCACCGAGAUACUGAUUGUAUUCUAGUCAAGUUAAAGUAUUUUUAAGGACGGUUUUAGGACUCUCUUUAUUUAUUUAUUUAUUUAUGUCUUUUGUAGUAAACCAGUAGAGAAGGUUGACUCUGUAUUAAGUAUAGUUGUAAAAAGGUUUAAGAUGAUGCAGUGUAGUUCUUAAGCAGGUUUUUUUUAACACAAUUUCCCAAACGGACCAAAUUAGCCACGAAUCAGGCAGGUAAACGAUUAAAUCAAGAAAACAGUAUCUCAUUGUUGUGCCAUAAAUAAGUGAUUGUUAAUAGUUUAUAAUGAGAUUUAAGUACUACGUUGUAAGUUUUUUUUUGUGUUAGUUUAAUAAAGUAUCGAUCCCAGCUUUAAA